UCAACUUCCAUUUUCCGAGUUCCUGAAGAGACCCUAGCACGUUGGGCACGCCAUCUCGGCUGGACUUGACCAUCAGUAUGCCGGCUGACUGUUCCACAACGGUCGGACAUGCAAUCCCGGCACUUGAGCCUGUUCACACUCCAACGUCCCUCCCUUCGUCAGAAGUCCGAAGGUCGUCCGAGUAUUUGAGAAGCGCUGUGGCCAAGAGAAGAUGUCGUCGGCUAAGAGCCUAGAAGACGUGGAAAAAGACCCUUCCCCUCCUCGAACAUAUACCACGGCGACAAAAGCACAGCAACCCCACCGCGCAGGAAACCCGGAGCACAGCUUCGAUGCAGAUGCGGACGGCAGACACACGUCAGCAGCUGUCAAAUGAAAGCUACCACUCCAGCGGGGAACCAUUGCCAAUUUUGGUGUCAUCGAAGCCGUCGGUUCCCCGACCUUUAACCACCUUAGCCGUUCAACACAGCCCGACUAGUGAUCGGUCAGCGACCUUCAUAGAGAACUCCCCGUUGGGCCGAGCUCCUAGACUCCGAGAGGUGGCCAGCUCAUUAUUACGUCGGCGGUAUGACUUCUCUUGGACUUCACUUCUGUUUCUUUCACUCGUUAGGACAUAUACUCAAAUCGAAAACAUGUCGACUACUAACACAGCUCCCCCCU